AUGGAAGAAGUGAGGAAGACCGCCGUCCAGAUGCAGAGUCCUAUCAAGACUGAAUGGAAUUCCCGCUGUGUCCUUUUCACCUAUUUCCAAGGGGACAUCAGCAGCGUAGUGGACGAACACUUCUCCAGAGCUCUGGGCAAUGUCAAGAGCCCCCAGGGACUCAGCCCUUCCAGCCAGAGCGGAGAUGUGAUCCUGAGGAAUGAUAGUGGCAUGCCUCCAAAUCAGUGGCGUUUCUCUUCUCAGUGGACAAAGCCACAGCCGGAAGUAUCUUUUGCAAAUGGUGCCGCCAGCUGCAGCUUGAGUGGAUCUGGUCCCAUGGCUGUGGAUCAGUAUCCAGUGUCCCUGACCGGGAGCCCUUCCAUUCAGCCUGGCGAGCCGAGGCAUUUCUCCUCCCUCGCCAGCUCCAGCUUCCCAGAGCUUGGCUACCCUCAUGCCUUUUCCACUGGGCACUCGGUUCCAGAGACCCAGCCUGAUGGGAAGUAUGAGCCCCUCCUAAGUCUCCUCCAGCCAGAGAGAUGCCUAACCCAUCCUCAGGAAUCUGCCUCGUGGGAGGAUGGCAACUCUGCCCAGACGGCCGGAAGCAUGGGAUUGCUCUUCAACCUGCCUUCCGGCUCAGCCCACAGUAAGGAAAUGCCUCCAGAUGCUUGGAGGAUUGCCUCUGAUUGGUUGUGGUUGAGAGUGAGUUGGCGUGAGAUGGGAUGUGAGGACGACUUGCUGCCACUCCAGCUACAGGGCUUCUGA